GUUCACUCACGAGCCAACACUCAAAAGAAAACAUGGCCGACUCUCAGGGCGUCUUCUUAGUUAUUAGCAACAUCCCCACCGAUUUUCACUCGUCGGACCUCCGGAAUUAUUUCAGUCAGUUCAUAGAGAGCGGUGGCUUCAUCUGUUUUCAUUACCGCCAUCGACCAGAGGUGCAUCGGGAGCCUCAAACGUGCGGGGGCAGCGAGGAGGACGGCGAGAAGUCGUCUGCUAGCGACCUAGCACCAGCGGCGGUUAAUAACAAUUGCAGUAAAAAGACGAAACAGUCGACCAAAACCUGCUGUUGUGUCGUUGUGGUCCACAACGAACACGCCGACAGAUUCGUCAGGAUGUACGCAGGAAACCACUGGAUCGACUUCAAGGGCAAUUGGCUGUCCAGAAGAUGUGUCAUUAAAAGAGUUAAGGUAUCACAACACAAUGAUGAUAAUCAGUUCCCGUACAAGACGAGGUUUGAACAGCGACAUCGGAUAUCCCAAACCGAACACUUCACCCUGUCUGACCUCAAGACCUUAUCUGAGCUCAAUCCACCCGCUCUGAUGCAGAAUGGCAAUGUGGGCACGUCAGUCAAAGUCUUCCUACAGCUCAUCCAGUCGUGUCGGCUGCCUCCCCGCCUUAUUCGCAAAUUGGGCCUCAAGUUCCCCAAGACUGGCUCCAACCGUCGCUAUGGCAAUGUGCCUUUCCAGUACCAGGAAACUUGCACGCUACCUGCCACAGAAGAGACUGUUUUAACAGCCGCUGGCCAUGAAAUAUGUGGGCCGGGCAUUUUACCUGCUCGAAUGUCGGCAAGCGGACAGUUGGAUGACCACUGCGAGACAAUUGAGAAUGAUGAGCCACAAGCAGAAGAGGAGGAGGAUGUGCAGUCAAAUGCAGAUGAUGACGACGACUGCUGCGAGGAGUGGGAGCGUCAUGAAGCAUUGCACGAGGACAUUACAAGCCAAGAGCGAAGCAAAGAAAGGCUAUUUGAAGAAGAAAUUGAGUUGAAGUGGGAAAAAGGUGGCUCGGGAUUAGUGUUCUACACUGAUGCCCAGUACUGGCAGGAAGAGGAAGGAGAUUUUGACGAGCAAACGGCAGACGAUUGGGAUGUUGACAUGAGCAUCUACUAUGAUAAAGAUGGAGGUGACAUGGAUGCCCGGGACUACGUCCGGAUGCGACUGGAGAAAAGGCUUCGGGACGGUCUUGAAGAUGGAGCUGCCCAUAAUCAGGCCAUUGGCAGUUUUGAGAGGUUCACUAAGGGAUUUGGCCGCCGCGUAAUGGAAAAGCAAGGGUGGAAGGACGGCGAAGGCUUGGGAAGCAGUCAAGUUGGGAUUCCGGACGCACUGGAGAAUGAAGGCAAACAUCCAUAUUGCAAACGAGGGUUUGGAUAUCAUGGUGAAAAGUUACUCCCGCAUCUUGGUAAAAGGACCAGAAAAGAUUUCCACAUAAGUACGGUCUAUGAUAAACCCAAAGACGUUGAUAUGGGGGACUCUCUGCUUAGACGACAACAAAACAACAGCAUGAAGUACAGAGGCUGGCAGCCUGGGGGCAGUGUUGGGCCACGAAGAUGACAAAAAACUUUGAUGACGUGAAUGCUGGAAGAAUUUAGUCGUUUCAUCAUUUCGUAAUUGUCUCAAUUUCAUAACCAUGACACAUUAAAAUUGAGUAAACGCUUGU